UCUUAUUGUUUUUUUCUUUUUUGCUUUUAUAUUGUACUUUUGUUUUGUUUGGUUCUUUUAUAAUUCGAAGUACUCUGUCAUGUUUGACUCUUCUUUAAAGAAGGUUUUUGGUGUUUUAUUUUUUCUUUGCUUCUUGUAGAUUCAUAAGAGACUCUGAGCUCAACUGUUUGAAGGGUAUGACUGCAUCUACUUACAGUUUCUUGGGUUUUUCUUUGAAUUCACUUCUGUAAGAUCUAUAGUGGGGUAUGCCCAUUUUCUCUAGCAAUUUGCUUUGGCCACUUUUUGUUGGCUUGGAAUGCAAGUGAAAAUAAAGUUGUUUUUUUUUUUUUUUAAAUAAUUGUAUAGCCUUUAUCCCUGUCACUUUACUUAAUUUUUGUUUGUUUAUAGAGAUCACGAGAUUCUUUGUUGGUUCAUGGGUUUUAGUUUUAUGAGAUCACUGCCAAUUAUGAGGUGCAGGCCAGCUUUUCCAAAUGAAGGACUGUAAAUGUAUCAAUGGGACUAGAGAUGGAGUCAGACCUGGAGAAGAACUGCACAUUGAAUCUGAGUCCUAAAACUGUUCUUCCAUCUCCUCAACAAUGUUCAAACAUGGAAAAUGGAUAUCCAAAAGGAAAGCCAGGUCAUAAAGAGGAUUUAUUGAGGACAAAGGAGGCCUGUACUGAAACCAGCAUUAGUCGCUACGGCAGUGCUUCUUGUAAGAACAUUCCAUCUAGACCUAUGGGGACAGAAAGUAAUGCUGAGCUGAAGCGAGGUUCCAUAUAUCGAAGCUCCAAAGAGCUAAGGAAAAAGGAAAAAACGGGUACUGUUGAGGGGAGGAGGAAAAUUGAAUUAUCACGUGGUAGUGACACCUCUUUUUCCUUCAGAAUUGUUGAUUCUCUUUGUAAUUCAGAAGAGGAAAGCCCACGAGAAAGAAAUCCAGUGAUGUCAAUCGACUCAAACUUGAAAUCAGCAUCCAUUAGCAAAGCUUGCUUAGAAUCAUGCUCGUCAAAUGGCUUCAUUGAAAUCUGUCUAAUUUCAGAUAAUAAAGAUUCAGAUAAGAGAGAAAAACAGUUGGCGGAAAUUUUAGGGAUAAACAACAAGAGGGACUUAAGUUUUGGAUGUGAACCAGUUGUCAGUCCUUUAGAUGAUGGUAAUGACCUUGUUGAAGAGGACACAGUUCGUGAUCUGUGUAACUCACUCUCUGCUAAGGUCAAAGUGUCUCACUCACCCUCUUUAUCAGAAAGUGACCGGUUCUCCAGAAGCAGCUCGAGGGCUAGAUUUAGUCCUAUUAGAAAGAUGUUUGAUCCAUUCAUGAAAUCAAAGUCUCUGCGAAGUCCUUUGGGUUAUGUACCAGAAGCUGACAUUGUCAAAACUAUUGGGAUGGAAAAUAUAAGAAAAAAGACAUUUCGGAAAUCUUUGUUGCAUGACUUCUCACAUUCACCUAAGAAUUCUGAAUUGGAUUCCCAGUUUAACAAGAAAGAUAAUGUUCACUCACCAGUGGCAAGCUCACCGGUUCACCUACAUGGUUGUCUCAAGUUGGGAGCUAAAAAUGGGGUGCCAUUUUUUGAGUUCUCAAUGAAUCAACCAGAAGAUGUUUUUCUAGCCAAAACAUGGAAGGCAGAUAAUGCUUUCAAUUGGAUAUACACCUUUCACUCAAUUAGCAACAGAAAGAAGAGCAAUGCCAGUAUAUGGGGAUUGAGUGAUAGCAUAAAAGAUUCUUCAAUUGUUGCACAGAUGCAAGUUUCCUGCUGUUUGUGCUCAGAAAUUAAAGAUGGUGGGGUUGUUGACAGCUCCAUGGUUACGGAGUUUGUUUUAUAUGAUAUUGCACAUGCAAGACAUCGUGUUUCUGUCCAAGGAUCCUCUGAUGUUCAUAAAAACCCUAUCUGCUCUAGUCCAGGCUUGGCUGUGGGAUGCUGUGAAUCAGAUGAUGGCUCUAAUGCAGUGAAGUUUAAAGAUCACUUAAAUCUUGCUUCUGACAGUGAUGAGGUUGAAUCCCUAAAUGGAUCAACUCCAUGGCUACCUGCUGCUGACUUGCAUCCGAACCUUGAAAUUGCUGCCAUAGUCAUUCAAGUACCGUUUAAGGAGAGAGAGAGCUUAAAAUACAGAAAAGGGGAUAAAAUAGGUGAUAAGAGACAUUUAAACCUACUCAAUGUCUCUAUAAUUGAUGAAAGUAAAACCAGCAUAGAUAGCCGGAGCCAAGAAAAGGUGAAGGUGGUUAUUCCAACUGGAAACCAUGGCUUUCCUAGUACUGAGACCCAGGGUCCUUCACCGCUACUGAAUAGGUGGAGGAUGGGUGGAGGCUGUGAUUGUGGUGGCUGGGACAUGGCCUGUCCCCUUGUAGUUUUUGGCAAUCCCAGUAUAAAUUGUUCUGAAGAUCAAUCACUGGUGGACAGUAAGCAGCCUCUUGAACUUUUUCUUCAGGGUGCCAAAGAGAAUAUGCCAGCAUUGACCAUGACAGCCAUUGAAGGAGGGUAUGCGGUUGAUUUCCAUGCAAAGUUAUCCACAUUACAAGCGUUUUCAAUUUGUGUUGCUAUGUUGCAUGGUACAUUAACCUCCACUGCUGCUGGGGAGGCACAAAGCAAACAUUUGUCGCAAUGCAAUUCACUAAAAGCGCUUAUUGAGGAGGAAGUGAAAUUCUUAAUAGCAGCUGUCACAGAAGAGAAGAAAGUGAACAAAAAGGUGGAAGCAAUCCCACCAUCCUAUGUGAUUAACCCUCCUUUCUCUCCAAUUGCUCGUGUUUAGACCUAAAACAGCUGGCUUGUUGAAUUUGAAUGGACUUUCCAUAUGUGUUUUGGAGUGGCCAUGGCUGAAAGCAAGUGACAAAGGGAUGGAGAGGGGUAACACAUCUGCCAUUUUGAAUGAGCAUUUACUGUACAGGGAUGUCUAUAUUCAAUGGCACAGAUCCAAAUCUGAAAUGCCUGUCUUGAAUACUGUCAAAUGGAUUUACAGAUUGAUGUGCGAGUUCCUGCCACAAAUUGAGGGCUACUACUCUCGCACAAGAAUUUCUUCACUGCUAUUGAUUCAUUCUUCACUUCUAUAAUUGGAAUUAGAAUAGAAACACCAUACUGUUCAUAUGGUAACUUGAUAGCAAUGGAAAAGUAGUCAUGUAGCUAUUGAGACAUUUUGAAGAUACAAUUCUUCUUUCCUUUUACUUGUAUUAUAUUGAGGAGCUA